AUGGAGAGUGUCGUCAACAUGGGCAAGAGUGGCACUGAAAUUCUCCGACCAGCUUUGGAGCAACCGGGUGUGGAAUUUGCUCGCCAACCCAUGGGCCAAUUUCAUCGAGAUAUUGCUAAAAAGACCGAUACCACCAAGCCACCCCUUGAACCCAUUUUGGAUGAGGCCAGUAUUCGCAAACCCGAAGUCGGAUUCAAUCCAGAGGUUCUAAGACAUGAGCCUGACCCUCCUGUCCCUGAAACCAUUUUCAAGGAGACGGCGGAUCCUAAGAUCUCUAUUGAUCCCUGGCCAACCCGCGCUCGGGAAAACUUGAAGGAAAAGCUCUCGGCGAUUAGGAAGAAGAUCGUCGGCUUGUCAAAAGUAACUGCACGCGCUUGGAACAACUUGAAAGCAAAACUCUCGACCAUCAGGCAAAGAAUCAUCGCCUACUACCGACCGCCCCCCUCGGUCUCGGGACCGUUUGAUCUUCGCCUCAAACGACAACGGGAGCUAAGUCAACUGGUACUUGCACACAAAGGCGUAGAUCUGGGACCGCAUGUAGAUGCAUAUCUGAACCAAAUUUUAGGAGAAUUUCAUAAACAUGCAGGCUACCUCCAAGAAAAUCACAGCCCAAGUUUGGUCGAAACAUGGGGGGCCAGACUGAAAACGUCCUUUUCACAAUUCCAAAAACUUGUGGUUGAAGACGACGAGAAAAUGGAGCGCAUGAUGGCACGAUAUAAUAAACAGAUUGCUAGAGAUAUGCCGGAAAUCCUUGGCAAAAAUAAAGGUGCAGAGGCUGUUCUAACGCUUGGAAAGAAGCUGGCUGCUUAUAAAUCUAAGACCUUAGCAGAGGAUCAAAAAAUUGUCCGCUUUGAUCUACCUGAGGAACAACAAUACUUGUCAGAAUUACUGGGGUUCUUUGGGCCCAAUAAAGUGCUUGCACCAGAAAUCAGAGCAUUAUUCCAGGAAAAGGUACACUGGCGUGAAUGGAAGCUUACCCAAUUUGUGGACUCCGAGAAGAUUAUUCCAAAUCUCAACAAAAUCCAAGACAACCUAGAGGAAGUAGCAAGAUUUAACCGCAAGGCUGACAUUGCAAGAAAACUAAAGAAACCUGUUGACAUGCAACCAUAUCAUAAUUUAAUCGCUGAAAUUAGAAAAACUGAAAGUGAAUUGGUUACGGCUUUUGGUGGACUUGACCGAUUCAAAGAUGCGUUAAGUACAGUUAAGGAAUUGGAUAUCUACAAGAAAUUUAUGCAAGAGCUGAAGAAUCCCCAAUCCGUCAUGGGCCACCAGCUUCAAUUUCUCGAACCAUGGGGAUACUCUCGCACUUCAGCUGAAAACUCUGAAACAUAUAGACCUUUCAAGAAGUUUGGCCUCCGAAAAUCUACAGAUUCUAUCAACAAACUUGAUGAGCUCACUCCGAUUACGUUGGAAAUCAUUCAAACUCGGUUAGCAUCUGUCCGGAAAGCUCAGAAGGCAGAAGAAAAGAUAGAAAAGAUCAUGACCCCCGAGGGCCUGGAACACUUCAUGAAGUUCCUCAGUACCAGAGUCACAUCAACAUGA